AUGCCAGUGACGCGAGAGAGUGCCCAAUCACGUCGCUCUCUCGCGAAUCGGAAGGCGGAAGGUGGUGGUCAUGAGGAAAUGGAUUUCAGUGCAAACCUUCAUGAGGCGAAGGGCGUUGCAGUUGCAGUUGCCGAUCCCGUGGUGACCGGGCAGUGCAUGACCGGCAGUGUUGUCUGCGUAGACGCGGAAAUUGAAGUCACUAGGAUAACCAGUCGCUGGCAGUGCGUGUGAGUCUUCGUAGAGCUUGUUCUUCAGGUCAUCGUAGCCAAUCAUUGGGUGAAGGCGACAUAGAUGCUGACAACGGUGACGAACUUAGUUCCGCGGAGACGCAGACACAGACUCAUGAGACCAUAACUGAUACCCUACCGCAGGCAGAACAGCCAUCUCGCGGCAUCGUUCUGGAUGGCGAAAGCGACUCCGGCAUCUCAUCGCCGUAUUUGUCCGUCCGCAUCUCUUUGUCCCUGUCCGGGAAACGGGUCUCACUGAGUGUCGGUGUGUCCACUUUUUAA